AUGGGAUCCAUAGUGGUAGAUUUUUUUCAAGUAAACCCCAAGGAAGCCUCUUCCAUUGAUCUUGUUAAACUCUUGUUUUCUAGCAACAUAAAGAAGAGGAAAUUUAUCAAUUCUUCUUACGACAGAGAGGAAAGUUUCGCAUAUAGGUUUAUUAUAGUCCUUUCGGUACUGGUACAAAAGUUUAUGCUUGUGAUGUCGCCCCCAAUGGAGUUGAUUGGGAACAUUCUAGAAUAUGUACUCAACUUUCAUCACUCUAAUGGUGGCUUCAUUGGUAUCCUUAGAAAUAUCAUGCACGGACUUUUAGACGGAAGAAAGAAGUUAGACAGUGAAAUUAGACAUGGAGAUCCCAUGUAUUAUCCAGCACUUUCGAUUAUGGCUUGUAAAACAGUUUACAGCAAUGCUGCUUAUAACAAAGCUGUAAUCGAAGAUUCAUGGAAGAUGGAGUUCUUGAAAUUCGAAAAUUACUGGAAUGAUUACACUGGAAAACCCGACACACAAGUUGUGAUGUUUCGGGAUAGAGAUGUUGACCACGACACCAUCGUUGUUUGCUUCAGAGGAACCGAACCGUUUAAUCUCAAUGAUUGGUGUUCGGACGUAGACUUGUCUUGGCACGAAAUCCGCGACGCCGGAGGAUCCACAGCGGCUUCUUGA